CGGUGCGCAGUUUUUCCGCGGCCGGGUUGAUUCAUGGUUCGACUGAGGGGCAUUGGAUGACUUUGUGCCGUGUUUUGCCGGGAUAUUCGCCUUACUCUUUCAGUUUGACGGGGGAAGAGGUCGUCAACGCGAUGGAGGCUCUUAUUCCUGUCAUUAACAAACUCCAGGAUGUUUUUAACACAGUUGGGGCGGAUAUUAUCCAGCUGCCUCAGAUUGCAGUGGUGGGGACGCAGAGCAGUGGGAAGAGUUCAGUGCUGGAGAGUUUGGUUGGCAGGGACCUCCUGCCCCGCGGGACAGGCAUCGUCACUCGCAGACCUCUUAUCCUGCAGCUGGUGCACGUAGACCCCGAGGACAGAAGAAAGACCAGCGAGGAGAACGAUGUCAAUGCCUGGAAAAAUGGGCGCCUUUACAAAGGAGUGGAUGGAGAAGAGUGGGGGAAAUUUCUACACACCAAAAACAAGAUCUACACAGAAUUUGAUGAAAUCAGGCAAGAAAUUGAAAAUGAAACUGAAAGAGUUUCUGGCAUUAACAAGGGGAUCAGUGAUGAGCCAAUUCAACUGAAAAUCUUCUCACCUCAUGUUGUCAACCUCACGCUGGUGGAUCUGCCAGGCAUCACAAAGGUCCCAGUGGGAGACCAGCCUAAAGAUAUCGAGCUGCAGAUCCGCGAACUGAUCUUAAAAUACAUCAGCAAUCCCAACUGCAUCAUUUUAGCUGUGACUGCAGCGAACACGGACAUGGCCACCUCUGAAGCUCUGAAAGUCGCCCGUGAGGUGGAUCCAGACGGUCGCAGAACGCUGGCUGUAGUGACUAAACUAGAUCUGAUGGAUGCUGGUACUGAUGCAAUGGAUGUUCUCAUGGGCAGAGUCAUUCCUGUCAAACUAGGACUGAUUGGAGUGGUCAACAGGAGUCAGCUGGACAUCAAUAAUAAGAAAAGUGUGGCAGACUCCAUCCGGGAUGAGCACGCAUUCCUCCAAAAGAAAUACCCCUCCCUCGCCAACAGAAAUGGAACCAAGUAUCUCGCCAGAACAUUAAAUAGGUUAUUGAUGCAUCACAUUAGGGACUGUCUACCAGAGCUGAAGACACGUAUCAACGUUUUAGCAGCUCAGUAUCAGUCCCUGCUCAGCAGCUACGGUGAGCCGGUAGAGGACAUGAGCGCCACCCUGCUGCAACUCAUCACAAAGUUCGCCAAAGAGUACUGCAACACUAUUGAAGGAACGGCCAAAUACAUUGAGACCGCUGAACUGUGUGGUGGUGCAAGAAUUUGCUAUAUUUUCCAUGAGACAUUUGGUAGGACACUGGAGUCGGUCGAUCCUCUUGGAGGACUUACAACCAUAGAUGUCCUAACAGCUAUUAGGAACUCUACGGGUCCCCGUCCUGCUCUGUUUGUGCCUGAGGUGUCGUUUGAACUGCUGGUGAAGAGGCAGGUGAAGCGUCUGGAGGAGCCCAGUCUGCGCUGUGUGGAGCUGGUGCAUGAAGAGAUGCAGAGGAUCAUUCAGCACUGUAGCAACUACAGCACUCAGGAGUUACUUAGGUUUCCAAAGCUGCAUGAUGCCAUAGUAGAAGUGGUCACGUCUCUUCUCAGGAAGAGGCUCCCAGUCACCAAUGAGAUGGUUCACAAUCUUGUGGCGAUUGAGCUGGCUUAUAUCAACACCAAACACCCAGACUUCGCAGAUGCCUGUGGGCUCAUGAACAACAACAUUGAGGAGCAGAGACGUAACCGAAUGAGAGAGCUUCCUACAGCGGUCCCCCGUGAUAAGAUGGCUGGAGGAGCUCACGGGGAGCAGGAAGGAGGAACAGGGACCUGGAGAGGCAUGUUGAAGAGAGGAGAAGAAGGCCAGGGUGAGGACAGGAUGAAAGCACAGAGCCCUCACAAAGGACACGCAGUGAACCUGCUUGAUGUGCCUGUGCCAGUGUCCCGGAAACUGUCUUCUCGCGAACAGAGGGACUGUGAGGUCAUCGAGAGGCUCAUCAAGUCUUAUUUCCUCAUUGUCCGUAAAAACAUUCAGGACAGUGUACCAAAGGCUGUGAUGCACUUCCUGGUCAACCACGUGAAGGACAGCUUACAGAGCGAGCUGGUGGGGAAGCUUUAUAAACCUGCCCUGCUGGAUGACCUCCUUACAGAGUCAGAGGACAUGGCCCAGCGCCGCAAUGAGGCCGCAGAUAUGCUGAAGGCCUUGCAGAGAGCCAGUCAGGUGAUCGCAGAGAUCCGAGAAACGCACUUGUGGUGAAGUCCUGCUGAUGUACAGCCCCUCUCCCUUUCACUCGAACCCUGCGAUCUGCAUCAGCCCUGUCUCCCUUCUGUCUGGAUUUCACAGGCAGCCAACUUGAAAAAUGCACUGGUGUCAGUUAGUGUGUAUUGAAUAUAGUUUUAUGCACACAACGGACUCUUCUCGAACUACACUGAGGCCAGCACGUAUUAUGUCACACCUGCACACCAUCCCAUUCAGUUAUCUCUUUUAUGUAUGUAAGCUACCAUGUGCGCUGCAGAUAACGUGUGUCCCUGAUCUAGUCUAAAUUAAAGGUAGUUUAAAUGUCA